UCGCUUGUCUGUUCUUUGUUGGCAGCUGCCAACAGCCACUCAGAAUGUCUGCGGAUGCUGCUCUGUAGCGAGGGGGGAGCCGAUCUCGUUAAUGUUACAGAUGCAGAGGGACAAACUCCACUAAUGCUGGCAGUGCUGGGGGGACACACUGACUGCGUGCAUCUGCUGCUGGAGAGAGGAGCUUGUCCUGAUGUGAGAGACAGGAGAGGAAGAACAGCCUUACACAGAGGGGUGGUGAUGGGUCGGGAGGACUGCAUAACUGCCCUGCUGUCCCACAACAUCUCAGUCCUCAGCAAAGAUUUUCAGUGGCGAACCGCGGUCCAUCUAGCUGCCUCUUGCGGCCAUGCUGACAUUCUCUCCAGUCUACUUUCUGCUGCUGACCACACCCACCCCACGACCCAAUCACAGACCUCCACGGCUACACACCCACACACUGGGCAGCCUAUCACGGUCAUGAAGACUGUUUGGAAGUUUUACUUGAACUUAAACCAUGUAGUAUCCAGGAGGGAAACCCCUUCACCCCACUGCACUGUGCUCUCAUUAAUGGCCAUAGUGGUUCUGCAGAGCUGCUGUUGGACUCCAGUGUUUGUAAUUCGCUGGUAAACAUCAGGGAUGCCAAAGGAAGGACCCCACUUCACGCGGCCGCAGCUGCCGAGGAUGUGGCUGGGCUGCAGCUGGUUCUGCGGCAUGGAGCAGACAUCAACGCCGUGGACCACUCAGGUCGUUCUGCACUGAUGGUGGCUGCCGACAAUGGCCGAAGUGGUGCUGUGGCCCUGCUGCUGCACCGAGCCAAAGCCGACCUGUCCCUCCUGGAUGUGAACAAGAACACUGCCCUGCACCUGGCCUGCAGCAAGGCUAAUGAAAUGUGUGCCAUGCUGAUCCUAAAGGAGAUCCACAACCCUAUCCUCAUAAAUGCAACCAACAGUAUGCUUCAGAUGCCCCUCCACAUUGCCGCCAGAAAUGGUUUGGCCACCGUGGUUCAGGCCUUGCUGAACCGUGGAGCCACAGUGCUGGCAGUGGAUGAGGAAGGUCAUACGCCAGCCCUGGCUUGUGCGUCCAAUAAAGCUGUUGCCGACUGCCUCGCUCUCAUUCUGUCAACCAUGAAGCCUUCCUCCUCCACGCCCUCUUCAUCCUCGCCGUCUUCUCCAGCUUCAACCUGCUCAAGCACUGUGGCAUCACCGCCGCCUGUCCCCCCCUGCCCAAUGGAGGCCUUCGCCAUGGUUACGGCAAAGAUCGCCAUGGUGCUACUAUCGGCUUGGAUGGCUACUUGA